CAAAAACAACAAUAAUAUUUAAAAAUUAAAAAAAAAAAAAAGAGAUAAAUUAGUUUGUGGCAAACUCAAUUAUCGAAGAGUGGAUCAACGAAUCCAACAAGAAAAACAACAAAUGUAUUAUAAACAAUUAAAUUAUCCACGUAGUUGGAAAAAUUUUGAUCGUCCAAGUGCAACAGUAUCAAUAACAGUUAAUAAAUUAUUUACAAAAUAUUAUGAAUUAAUAAUUGAUAAUGAUAAUUAUAAAUUACCAUUAUGUGAUAAUAUGUUUAUUGAAGAACCAUGGGAAAUAAAUGAUUUAAAAUUAAUAAAAAAAAAUUUAAAUGAAAUGAAAAGUCGUUUAAAUGAUUAUAAUUUAAUGGAAUGGCAAUAUCAUACACGUAAACGUAAUCAAGCUGGUGAUGUACAAUGGCGUUUAAGACGUGAUAUAUCACCAGAAUUUUUAACACAAGCAUGGUGUAAAUUUUAUGAAAAUGUAUCAUCAUUUCCAUUAGUACCAGAUGUAUCAAUAAGUAAUGAAAAAUUUAAAUCAUUACAUUUAUGUGAAGCACCAGGUGCAUUUAUUGCAUCAUUAAAUCAUUGGUUAAAAUUAAAUUCACCAAAUAUAAAAUGGAAUUGGAUUGGUACAACAUUAAAUCCUCAUUAUGAGGGUAAUUCAUUAUCAACAAUGAUUAAAGAUGAUCGUUUUAUAUUACAUACAAUGAAUAAUUGGUAUUUUGGUGUUGAUAAUACUGGUGAUUUAAUGAAAUUAAAUAAUUUAGAUGGUCUUAUUGAACGUGUUGGUGAUGAUGUUAUGUUAGUAACAGCUGAUGGUAGUAUUAAUUGUAUGGAUUCACCAGAUGAACAAGAAUUAGUUGUAUCACAUUUACAUUAUUGUGAAACAAUUGCUGCACUUAAUAUUCUAAAUAUUGGUGGUAGUUAUUUAUUAAAACUAUUUACAAUAUUUGAACAUCAAACAAUAUGUUUAAUAUAUUUAUUAUCAUGUACAUUUAAACGUAUUAUAUUUAAUAAACCAGUUACAAGUAAAGAAGGUGGAACAAUGAAUGGAAUAAAUUUAUUAAAAUUUAUUAGUAAUUAUUGUACGUCGACAGUUACACCAAAAGUUUGCAUUGUUGGAUCUGGACCAGCUGGAUUUUAUGCAGCUCAACAAUUAUUAAAAUCAUCGAGUGAUGUUCAUGUUGAUAUUUAUGAACGACUUCCAGUUCCAUAUGGACUUGUUCGUUUUGGUGUUGCUCCAGAUCAUCCAGAUGUUAAAAAUGUUAUAAAUACAUUCAAAAAAAUUGCUGUUAAUUCACGUGUUAAAUUUUUAGGAAAUGUUGAUAUUGGAAAAGAUGUUACUGUUAAGCAGCUUCAAGAAAAUUAUCAUGCUGUAUUAUUGACAUAUGGAGCUGAAGAAGAUAGAUCACUUGGUAUACCUGGUGAAAAUUUAUCAAAUGUUUUAUCAAGUCGUCAAUUUGUUGGCUGGUACAAUGGACUUCCUAGUGAUAAAAAUUUAAAAAUAAAUUUAGAUGUUGAAGAAGCUGUUGUUGUUGGUCAAGGAAAUGUUGCUAUUGAUGUUGCAAGAAUGUUAUUAACUCCAAUUGAUGAACUUGCAAAAACAGAUAUAACUGCUCAUUCAUUGGAACAAUUAUCUAAAAGUAAAAUUAAAAAAGUAUGGAUGAUUGGUAGAAGAGGACCACUUCAAGCAGCAUUUACAAUUGCUGAAUUACGUGAAAUGACAAAGCUAAAAAAUUGCAAAACAUCUUGGCGAAUGGAUGAUUUUAAUGGAGUUUCAGAAAUGAUUCCAAAUCUUCCAAGACCAAGAAAACGUCUUACUGAAUUGAUGAUUAAUAACUUGAAUGAUUCAACAAAUAAUCAUGAUAAUUUGAGCAAAGAAUUUGCUCCAAUAUUUUUACGAGGACCUAAAGAAAUUAUUGGUAAUGAAUUUGUUGAAAAAAUACGUCUAUCUAUUAAUGUACUUGAAGGUACUGAUUACAAAAAUCAACAAGCUAAAGAUACACUUGAUAUUGAAGAUAUUAAUUGUGGUUUAGUUCUUCGAAGUAUUGGUUAUAAAUCAAGACAAAUUGAUCAAUCAAUACCAUUUGAUAUUAAAAAAGGUAAAAUAAUUAGUUCAAAUGGUUUUGUUAAUGAUAAUUUAUAUGCUGCUGGAUGGUUAUCAACUGGACCAGUUGGUGUUAUAUUGUCAACUAUGAAUGAUGCUAUUUAUGUUGGUGGUAAAAUAUCAAAAGAUCUUGAUUUAACAACAGCUAAAUCUGGUUCAUAUGAAAUAUUAAAAAUACUUGAAGCUAAAAAUAUAAGAUCUGUUAGUUUUGAUGAUUGGGAAAAAAUUGAUAAAAUCGAAAUAAGUCGUGGUAAAGAUGUCGGUAAACCAAGAGAAAAAAUUGUUGAUGUAUCAGAAAUGUUGGAGAUUGCAUUUAGCUAGUUGAUGAUUAUUAAAUAAAUUAAUAUUUCUAU